UUUUUAUUCUACACCAAAGCGCAGUUUGCUAAUGCUUGGCAUUGUGGGAACAAAAUAAGUGAGUAAAGGCUAAUGCCGUAUAAUUUAAAAGGUCACAGCUUUCCAUUUGUAUACACAAUUAAUGAAGAUUCUCCAAAGGACAGGCUGUGUUUAACAAGAUAUUCUCCAAAAUCAUCAAACGACUGAGGCUUACUGUCAAAGCAACGGCUUGUUAUUGUCAAAGGAUUACAAAGCAGGAGAAAGGUUUAAAUAUGAAUGUAUGGAAGACAAGGGGAAUGUAAAAUGCCUUAAUAUAAUUCACCUCAAUCUUUGUGUAUAUUUUGCUUAAGGACAUACAGUUGAAUACACUUUAAAAUAAAGCGUCAUAACAGCAUCGUAAAUAAAUAUUUCAGAUUUUUCCAGAUACAACUGACUGUCAUUUCUUCACACUAUAGGAAGUGACAUCACAUGUUGACAGCGUGGUUCAGGCACGCCUCCCUGGAAAUAAGGAGAGGGGAGAGGCAUGAGAUAAACCAUGGUAGAUGCAGAGGCAGACAUUGGCUUGGCAUGGCUGUGUGCAGCUCAGCACUGCGAUCUACAUCCAUGAAGCUCCUUCCUGGACAUUUGGAUUCUCCCCCCACAGCCACUCAGGCUUGAUACGGUGCUGGAUAGGGUUUAACAUUGGAGCUGUGCUGUGUUUUCACAGCAUGUUGCAGGGCACUGGGAGAUAGAGAAGGAAUAAUAGCGGGGGUGGGGGGGGGCAGCCUUACCACACACUUCAGCGAUGUUCCGCGAGCUUCUCUCUCUCUCGUUUCAGACCGUCAGCCUUUUCUACACAGAGACCUGGGACUAAUGGAGGGAUGCAACGAUGAUACUCUUUGCUUGUCAUGCUUGAAUCACAGCUUCAUAUAUCCUUUUGUGUCAGAGACCUUAUUGCCUUUGUCUGUCACUGCUGCCAGAUCAACUGUGGGGUAGCGUGGCGGACAGAGCCCCCUCCUCAACCCCCCUCUCCCUUGUCUGUGCCCCCGGCUUCUCAUCACUCCCAGCUCGCUCGUGUCUAUUUACCUCUCUUAAGCUACCCUCCCCUCUCUGUUAAGCUUCGUCUUUCUUGCUCUCCCGCUCUCUACUGCUUACUAUCUCCCUCUCUUUGCUCUUUCAAAGCAGGCAGUCUGCUAUUCUAUCCGAGCAGCUUGCUUCAUGUUCUCCUGGAAAACAGUUCUCGCCGCUGCUCUGCUGCCUCACAGUUCCUGAGCCGAUUUUCAUCUCCACAACUGCAGGAUGUUCCUUCACGAGGAUUGAUCCCCAUCCACCCCCUUUCACUUUCCCCUUCCCUUCCCUUGUCCUGAUCUCCUACCCUCUGACCCUCACCCUCUUGCUCUCUACCCCCAUCCACCUUCUCCUAUUCACCCUGACCCCGAGCCUCUUUUCCACCUCAUUCAUUUCACCCCCUUGACCAUGUUGCCAUGUGUCUGCUGGCUCCAACCUAUCCUCAUCUUGCUGUCCUCUGUCUUAUGGACCCGGGGGGAAAACUGCCCAGCAACCUGCCUGUGCCCAGAUCCUCACACUGUGGACUGCAGCGGCCGUGGGCUGACCCGUCUACCCGAUGAGAUCCCCUUGGAUGUGCGCAGGCUUUUGCUGGCUGACAACUGGAUACCCCGCAUCCCCUCAGACUUCCUGGUUCUGUACAGUGACUUGGUCUACCUGGACCUCCGGAACAACUCCCUUUCCCACAUAGAGCCGGGGACACUCAGCACCUCAUCCAGGCUGGUGUUCCUGGACCUGGGCAGCAACAAUCUGACUGAAAUCCCUAAGGGGACAUUUGGGGAGUCCCGUAGCCUGAUCAAACUACGACUGGGCAACAACCCAUAUCUGAGCAUGGUGAGUGAGGAUGCUUUCCUGGGCCUCACCUCUCUGAGAGAACUGGAACUGGAGCGUAAUGCGCUGUCUUCCCUAAAAGUGGGGGCACUGAGUCAGUUGCCCUCCCUGCGGGUGGUGAGGCUAGAGGGCAACCCCUGGGUAUGCAAUUGCAACUUUGCCAACCUGUUCACAUGGCUGAUGGAGAACAGUCACAAGCUUCCAAAUGGAGUGGAAGGCAUGGAGUGCUCCCUCCCCAUGGACGGCAGACGUGUAUCCCUGACCCAGCUCUCAAAGGACAGCUUCCGUGAGUGCCAGGCCACUCUGACUCUAACGGACCUGCUCAUCAUCAUUUUCUCUGGCAUCUCAGUGUCUGUGGUGGCCAUCAUGACAAGCUUCUUCCUGGCUUCAACUGUUCAUUGCUUCCAGCGCUGGAGUAAAGGCACCAAAGGGGAUGAGGAGGAGAGUGAAGAGUGAUCAGAACUUUACUUUUUAUGGGCCCGCAUUGAAUGGGUGCUUCAAACACAUGAAGGGACACCGCAGACUGUGCGUGCUACAUGUGACAAGUUUCAUGCUGCUCAUGGUGAAUAUGCAGGACUGUUUAACGGUAGGAUGUUGCCCUGGUGCGGUUGCAGAUGUUGUCUUUGCACAUGGACAAUAUGGUAACAAAGGACGUUCCCGAGGACUGAGCCAAAGUCCCAAUACAAAUUAGUGAGUGUCCAUUUCCACUCGCAAAAUGAUAUAGAGUUCAUAUUUUUGGGUGCGAGAGCGUGUGGUCAUGUUUUAUGGCUACUGGUUCUUGACUCAGUGUUAUAAACCUACACAAAUCCAGUAUGCUAUUAUGAACGAGAAAUAGAUUUAAAGAAAAGAAGUGAUGCUGCAGUGCUCGCACUGCUGUCGCAUUAGUCUUAGACAAGCCAAUAAUUUAAAUAACGUCCAAUCACACGGAUGUCCAACUGUGGAGUCUGAAUCCUGCAAAGUGACAUCAAAGUUAGCACGGACUUUUAGAUGAUUUUCAUUGGGGUUUUAUCUGUGUAGGACAGACUACUUGAUCUCGAUCCCAUAAAAAAAAAAGAAAAAAAAAAGGAUGUCAUACCGACCAGUGACCUCAGUAUUUAACUGCCUAUACUAUGAUAUGCUGGCAUAUCCUGCCAUUUACAAUGUCUCUUUUGGACAGCCUCAUUUACCAAGACACAAAAGUGGUUCACAAGCACCAGAGAAGGCAAAUACUGUUGUUCCUCCGGCAUUUAAAACGAGACAGUGACAAAGGUGUCCGUCAAAUAGAAAAGAUUUUGGUCAGUGAUGAGACGUUUGAUUGGUGAUGUAACUUAGGCAGGUCGAGUUGGGUCUACACGUUCUUUCAGCAGUAUAUUCAUUAUAUAAUCACAAACAUAUGUACAAAAAGAAAACAAUGUACAGUCAGACAAAUAUAUAAAUCAAGAGGAUAUACUGUAUGUUCCUUAGAUUGAUAACUGUGAACAGUGUAGAAAGAAAUUCAAUUAGUCAUUAAAUAGUUGCAAUAUAAUCUUCAAAAUUAUGGCAAAUACGGUAUUAAAAUAGAAUCUAUGUAGAACCUGUGUCAAACAAUGCACUUUAAAUGGUGAACAUAAUUUUGGCAAGCCCCUAAUUACACCAUGUAGACUGGUUUUGUUAUCAUCUGCCAAAGAUUAGGUUAUGGUGAGGGAGAGAUUUCAUAUAAGGACUUUAGUGUGGAUGAAGUUUUACUUAGUGAGGUAGUGGUAGCUCCUAAAUAGAAGGCGGCACUAUAGCCAAAUCACACUCUGUAUACGCAUAUUGUACUCAGUCAAGCAGUUAUGGUCUCCAAAGCUUUACAUUUUCUUCUGGUCUGUCUAUGGCUGAACCAGCUGUCUUACUUGGCUUCAUACAGGGCAGUCUUUAACCUCUAUUUUAGCAGGAAGGUCAUUUCAGAACGGGUAGAAACUGUACAAGGGUGGCGAGCAAGAGGUUAGUUUCUUGAGGAAUAAAUAGAUGUCUAUUGUUGUGUUUUAAGAUUUACCAGAAUAUAUACAUCAUGGAGCUCAGCUUAUUGUCCUUUUACUAAAGAUCUUCCAGCAUCUUGUAGUAAAGCUGCUGAUCUGAUAUACCCUGGAGAAGUCUCAUAUCAAAACUCUCACUGUAUCAACGUCUGCAUUCACGAGAACGGCAGUACAGUACCUCUAAAUAAAGCAGUGCCCUAAAUUUUAUGGGUUUCUGUUUGUUAUUUGCAUCCUGUACAUUUAAAUCCUCCAUGACUAGGAUUUGGAAUGCACAAAGCCGGACUCUUUAUAUUUCCUUUUUCCCCAAAGCUAAGGUAUGUUGCGUCGCUUCUCACAUUUUUGUAAGGCAUGAAUAAUUCAACGAAAUUGAGACGUGAAGCAGAAAGAAUGUCAAGCCUCUAAACGCAAAAACAAGCAGAGGACAGAAAAAGAGCCAUGAACAAAUAGAGCCAUCGUUUCUGCGUGCUUGACAAAAGAUAAAAAGGAAUUCAAAAUGUCCCGUUAGAACAUGUCAGAACUCUGAAUGUGCUGUGUUUUGAAGCACAUUUUGCAGAAAUGACAAUAAAUAAAUGUGGCCUUAUUUAUUUUGCAUUAUUUUUCACUAGUAUAAGUCAGUCAUCAAUAAAAGCACAAAGAUUUCACAUGAAACUAAUCCUAGGACACUUUAAAGGAUGCGUUACAUUCAUAUGUUGGUACCAGCCUGUAUUGUCACGGUAUGUUUUCAUUAAUGUGUUUUGUCACAUGUUGUGCUGAAAGUGCCACAUCUGGAUUUGUACUGUAUAGAUGUUGUGUAUUUGCCAGAAUUCAAAUCAUAUGGGACACUUAGAAGACAUACGCCCACUGGAAAUUCAUAUUCAUUUACUGUAUAACAGCAAACUGACCUUUCUCUAAACCCCUCCCCUGAACAGCAAUUGCCCAAUCAUAGCUUAGUAACUGUAACUAGGCACAAGCUUUGAAUUUCUACGAUUCCAUUCUAACAUCAGACAGGCCUAAAGGGGAAUGCCACUGAAUUUCAUAUCUGAACUCUGUCAUUCCUGCUUCUUAUGACACUUUGGUCAAUAAUUGUGAAGUACACCUAAUACUUUAUCGCUCAUUGCCAGAGUAAAGCUGCCCACGGGUGAGAGAAUGAGAGUAGGGACAUUUAGGAGCUCAACUCCCAGUGAAAAGUAUGAAACCAUUUUGAUUUUGCAUGAGCGAGUGUCCAGUUAUUGGCGUGAGAAGAGCGGGUUCAUGUUCAGAAAACUAAAUUUGACUGCCUAACGGCGCAAGAAUAGCUAACGUGGAUUAAUUCGACUGAGUGGUUUUCGGAUGAGAAACUGUUUUUCUUUCUUAACCGCUAUCUGGAGGUGCAGACCUGAAUCAAGGAAUCAGAGGGAGAGUUUUGAUACAUAUCAUUAUCAUUUCCAACUACUGUGUAGUUACUGUAUAUUAACAAAUUAUUAUGUUAGCUUAGCUGUUAGCUUGACGCAUAUGUUAGCAUGACAUUUUCCUUUCUCUUACUCAUUUGAUUAAGUAACAAAUAUCAGUACAUUAGAGCAUGCACUGUUGAGUUACCUACGGUACAAAGUUCAGAUUCAUGUCUAUUUUUCUAUUAAACCUUUCAGAAUGAAACAUUUAUUUACUCUGUUGGUCCCCAAAGUAAUUUAGUAAUUACUUUUGUUGUUUUGGUUUUUUUUUUUUGGCAUCGCGCAACCUCGAAAGCAGAAACACCGGUGGCUGCUUUCCUACUGUUUGUUUUGACAUUGCUUCAAAUACCAAAAUCCAUGUUAUGUUUUGUCAGAUAAAUGUCAGAAUGGCUCAAUUCUAAAUGAGGUGACAGAGGAGAGUGUGAUGUUGCUGCAGCUAAAUGCAUUUCCAAAUGUCAAACAGACACUGUCAAACAGACCAUAUGUGUAGCUGUAAAUUGAUGUUUGGUAAAAUAAAAUAAAAUAAAAUCCUU